AUGUCGUCGACGGGAGGCCCCAAUGGCUCCAACGGGGACCAGGCGCAAGCAGCAGCAGCAGCCUCGCCCAGGCCAUCGACAGCUGCAUCUGGACCACCGCCAUCACAGCCACCUCCAGCAACAGCUUCCCCCUCCGCCGCAGCGGACUCGGCAGCGACAUCCACCCCCGAGCUCGACGUCCCCAAGCUCCAAUCCCUCCCCGCCGAACAACAGGAGCUCUUCCUCCUGACAUUCGUCACCACCCUGUCCAAGCACGUCCUCAGCCUGCCUGCCGAUGACUGCACCGCCCAGCAGUUCUACCUCAAGAAGGAGAUCUUCCAGAUCAUCAAUCUUCCCUCGCCGCAGCCGAGCCGCGUAGUCAGGAACAACCUCGGCAAGUGUCUCGCUCACAUCUUCGCCCACGGCGACAGGAAGCUCCUCUUCGAGACCAUCAACGACCUCAUCUCCAUCAUCUCGGGCGCCAAAUCCAAGGCCGAUGCCGGACCCCGCACGAAGCACGCCGCCGUCGCCUGCUUGGGCGACGUGUAUGCCUCCGCCGGCGACAGCGCCAUCGGCCUGCACCAGCUGGCCUGCGUCACGCUCGUCAAGCUGCUCAAGUCGUCCUCCAACAAUGCGGGUCUCCGCGCCGCUGUCUUCGGGUCCCUGGGCAAGAUCGUCAAGAUGGUGGAGGGAAGCGUGGACGAGAACAUCGCCAGGGACAUUUUCAAACAAUCGCGCAGCUACGCCACGAGCGACAAGGGCUCGCUCGUCGUCGUGUCGGCGUGUCGGUGUUUGAGAACCCUAGUCCGACACACGGCAUACUUUGAAAACUCGAGCGACUUUGAGAAGCUCCAGGCCGUCAUAUUCAAGGUCAUGGACUCGAGCUCGUCGCAGGUGAGGCAUGCCGCUGCGGAAGCGUUGGCCGAGGCCAUGAUACGGGGUUAUUCCGAAACUGGCGUCGCCGAGGGAGCUCCGGUGUCUUCCAAGGCAUCGAGGAGGUUCUCAAAGAAACCCCCCAAGCGUACCGGGACACAGGCCAGCAUGGUCGCGGACGAGGACGAGCUGCCCACUUCGCGGCCCGGCAGCCCCGCCCCAGGCGGAAAGAGGACGCAGGACCUUGCGCUCUCGCUCACCGAGAUCCUCAAGGUUCUGUCGACGCAGUAUGCCAAGAUGCCGACGUCCAACAAGGCGAGGGCGGCCAUUGGUGUCUGCUACGGCAAGGUCCUCAGGAAACUCGGCGAGAAGACGGUCGAGACGAACUACCUCAGGAUCCUCGAAAAUUUGACCAUCGACCUGUUGGGACAGCCCAACAUCGCCAACAACCGGUAUCGUCUUCUCAUAUCGAGGCGCAUCGUCGAUACGAUCCUCCAGGACAUCGUCGGCCAGAAGAUCCUUGGCGAGUCUGGUCAGACGUCAGCGGCCAAGUCGAUCAUCAACGACAUACUUAAGAACUACCCUCAAGCUUUGACCGAACGCCCGGAGCCGUCAAAAAGCACUCUGAUUGCGGCUCUCGGCGCUGUGGCGUCACUCAUAAACAACCUUGGUUCUGCGGCGAACAACUUUGCAGAGUCCUGCAGAGACGGUCUUCUCCAGGUCCUCCAGCACCCCAGCUACUCAGUCCAGGUCCACGCUUCGGCAUGCAUGAAGGCGUUCGUGCUGGCAUGUCCGCAGCAGCUCCUGCCCUGCUUGUCUGUGUGCAUGAACAGCCUAAGCCGCGAGUUGUCUCUGCUCACGAGCGGAAGAAACUCCCCGCGACGAUGUGUGGGAUUUGCUCAUGGUCUGGCGGCAACGCUGAGCGCCAGUCCUGCGCGGCCUUUACAUGGAUCCGUCGACAUUAACAGCCGUGUCUUGACUAUGGCCACGAACCUGCUGAAGUCGAGUGGGCAGUCUGAGCUGAGGGUCUCGAGCACCCAGAUCCAGGUCGCGUGGAUCUUGAUCGGGGGUCUCAUGUCCCUCGGGCCCAAUUUUGUCAAGAUUCAUCUGUCACAGCUCCUUCUGCUCUGGAAGAAUGCGCUGCCGAAGCCGUUGUCGAAAGAUAACACCGCCCACAGGAGCUUUCUGGAGGCAUCGUUUCUGACGCAUGUCAGGGAGUGUGCUCUGGGAUCCAUCCUGUCAUUUCUGCAGUUUAACAACCGGCUGUUGACGGUCGAUGUUUCCAAACGCAUAGCCACGAUGCUCCAAAACACAUCGGCAUUCCUGCGAACGCUGCCCUCGAAGAAGAUCACCGACGACGUAGCGCAGAGGCUGACGCCGGCGCUGCAGCUGCACGAUCUCGACAUGAUGGUCCAGCGCCGAGUUCUCCAGUGCUACAUCAAGCUGGUCAACUUGAGCCCGGCCGGCGGCAGCGAAGCCCUGCUCCAGUCCAACCUCCUCACGAUCGCCAUAUCGCUCUUCGCGGACCCGGAAAACUACUCUGCCAACUCCCUCAGCGCGUCCAUUGCGAACGCCGCAGCCACGUUCGAGACUGUCUGGGACGUGGGCGACAACUCGGGAUUCGGCAUCACCGGCCUGAUUUCCGGCUUCAAAAUCAAGGGCCUCCCUGGGCAGCAAGACAACUUGAUUGAAGGAACGCCGGUCGAAACGGACACCCCCGAAGAGGCGAUUGACAGGUUGCUGCUGUCGCCGGUUUGUGGCACCCUGGAACACGACGCAUCUCUGCUGUAUGUGGGCGACACGGCAUCGGAGCCGACGAACCCCGAUCCGCCGGCCACCGAGGUCAUCAACAUGGCCAUCCAGCUGUUUGCCUUUGUGUUUCCGCUCACGCCUGCCAAGGUACAGGAGAGCGUUCUCGAGCAGGUCAGGACGUUCAUGUCAGCCGGAACCCUGCUGAGAGACACCGGGAGGAAGGCAGCCAUCAACGUCAACGUCUCUGUCGCGAUUCUGUCGACGCUGCGUGUGGCCGUCAAGGAGACCCAGUCGUCUCCCGGCAACGUUACCAACCUUGCAGUGGAGAGGCUCCUCCAGGACAUGCUACGAGACUUCGUCAUCGACGGGGAUCAGUAUGUCCGGAGUGUUGCUUAUGCAGCUGUUGCGAGACUUUGCAACGCUUGCGGCAACGCCUUCACCAACCACGAAAUCAAGUACCUCGUCGACACCAUCGUCAGCAAUCGCGAGCCGAGUGCUCGCGCGGGAUGUGCCAUGGCACUGGGAUCCAUUCAAACGAAGGUUGGUGGCAUGGCGGCGGGUUACCAUUUGAAGACAAUCCUCGGCAUCCUCAUGUCCCUGUGCAACGAUCCCCACCCCACUGUCCACUUCUGGGCGUUGGAGGCACUGGCCCUGGCAUCGGACGCUGCCGGGCUGAGUUUCGCCUCAUACGUGCCCAGCACGCUUGGAAUGCUCGCGCAGCUCUACGUCUCCGACACGCACCACCCGGAGAUAUCGUCCGCCAUCACCAUGAACCUCGAGAUGGAGCUGUCUACGCCGGCAGCCAUCACUCGAUGCGUCGACUCCCUCAUCAACGUGCUUGGCCCCGACCUGCAGGACUCCACCAAAUCGCGGGAGCUCAUCCUCAACCUCGUUAAUCAGCUCCAAGAGGAGGACGACUUGCUCGUGCAACGGGCCACUCUGAGCUGUCUCGAACACCUGUCGCUGUACGCCCCCGGCUAUAUGAACUUUGAGGAGUACGUCAGGUUGCUCCAAAGGUACCUCAGGUCAGAGUACCCAAUCCUGCGGGACGUUGCCGUCGACGGUCUCUACAACAUCAUGAAGAGAGACCCGAACGAUGUGAUCAAAGCCGCGGAGCAGGGACUCGAGGACCACCUGUGGCUGGUGUUGGAUACCGCGCCAACGCACGACGGCAUUAGGAACAUCAUCAGAAACUGGAUGCGCCAGACGUGUCUCGCGGACACGGGACUCUGGCUUCAGAGGUUCCAAAACGUGCUGAAAAUGACCAGGGCCAAGGCCAAGGAGGAGUCGGACACCGGUAUCAAGAAGUCGGGCGGCAUGCCGGAUCUGCAGGACGAGGAAGUCGCCGGCUUUGCUGGCACCGCCAAGGACGACCAAGACAACAAGGCCGCGUCCGAGGUCGAGCCUCUUCGAUGGCAGGUGACGACCUUCGCGAUCGGCUGCAUCAGCGACAUGUUUGUCCUGAUUGCAAAGGAUGUGAUGACGAACGGCGAGUCCGCCGCCCAGCUGGCGCUCCAGAACAAGAUUGGCGAUGUUGUCCGCAUGGCCUUCUCCGCAUCCACGUCAAGUGUACUGGAGCUGCGCGUCUGGGGUCUCAAGAUCAUCGGAGCAGUCCUCAAGAUGUUCGGAAGGACGCCGGACCCGGACUUUGAAGAAGCCAUGCUCCUGGAGCAGUACCAGGCCCAGAUCAGCUCGGCGCUCACGCCCGCCUUCGCCGCAGACUCGUCGCCUGAGUUGGCCUCUGAAGCCGUCAACGUCUGCGCUGGCUUCAUCUCGACAGGUAUAGUCACGGAUGUCGACAGAAUGGGGCGCAUCCUCAAGACGCUGGUAUCCGCGCUCGAGAACUUCUCCAAAGAACACGAGAACGCCGGUAUCGGUGACCUCAAGGGUCUUAGCUCCAACGCUCAAGUCAUGGUCAAGAUGUCGGUUUUCUCGGCAUGGGCGGAGCUUCAAGUUGCCAGCUCCGAGCAGAAGUACCUUCUCGACGUGUUGAAGCCGCAUAUUGGAACGCUGACGCCGCUGUGGCUCGAGUCUCUUCGCGAGUUUGCCCGCCUGCGCUUCGAGCCCGACAUAUCGAUGACGCUGGGACCCCCGUCGCUGUCUGGCAGUCUCGACACCAUCUACGCGGCCCUGAAUCGAGAGACUCUGCUCAAGUUCUACCAAGAGUCGUGGCUCAAGCUCGUCGACGCCAUUGCCAGCUUGAUCGAGCAGGACAGCGAGUUCGUCUUUGAUGCUUUGGACGGAAAGGAGUCGGAGGGAAUCAACACCAACGGCCACACCAAGGGGCCCGACAUCAACUACCGCGACGAACCUGUCGCAUUCUUCUUCGUCCUGUUCGGUAUCGCCUUCGAGGCCCUGGCCACGCGUCCUGGCCAGAGUGACUCGCUGGCUACCCAAGAGCAGAACUUGGCCAUCCUGCAGGCUCUCAAGAAGAUCCUUCACCCCAGUGUGUCAGGCCAUGCCAUCUACAGAGAGGCCAUCUUCUCGGAGACGAUGGACCUCCUCGACCGGCUGGUGUUGACCGAGGGUCUCGACGUCCAGGGCGUCAUUGUCGAGAUUGCGAGGGCGCUGUGCGUCUCACACCCGUCCGCACGCAAGAAAGACUCCGGCGACGACGGCGACCUGUCCGACGACAUCGACCAGCUGUUCGAGCUCACGCGCAUCAUCGUGCUAGUGCUCGCGGGACUCCUGCCCAACCUCGCUGAAGCGAACCAGCCCGUCCGCCAUCAGAUGACGGAGGAGGCCGUGCUGCUGAUCCGCUCGUCGCUGAAUGCGCUCGUCGACGCCGCCGAGGUCUUCCCGUCCAUCAUCAAGACCGAUCUCCACGCCUGCAUCAUCCACAUUCUGGCCACCAUCCUCGCGACCCCAGGGUGCCAGGAGGUCAUCGUCCCACAGUCCCUGCCCACGCUCAAGCGCUUCGUCGGGAGCAUGACCAAGUCACGCAGAGCAGGCGGCGGCGGCGAGGACGGCAAAAGCCCGUCGCCCACGGAUGUCCAGCUGCAGGGUUGCCUGCGCCGGUUUCUGUCCAUCUACCUCAACGGCCAGAAGCGCGAGGUGCCGACGUCCCUCACCUGCGUCAAAAACUGUCUGCUGGCGAGCACCAUCCUGUUUACGGGCGGCACGAACCACCUGGCGGCGAACGAUCCGCUGGUGGCGAGAUACCUCGACGAGGUGGUCGAUUGCCUCACGGACCGCAUGACGGCCAAGAUCGCAGCAAACUGCAUCAGGUCUCUUAUCCUGCAAGCCAACCCGACACCCGCAGACCAUACCAUCGCGCGCUACCUCCUCCCGCGCCUCAUCGCCUUUGUCGCCAACACGGCGCCGGAGGAUCCGGAGAACGCGCGGUCCAUGAUUGCGCAUUCGCUCAGCCAGUACGUGGGCGUCGUGCCGCGAGACCGCGUCCCCGUCGCCAUGGCGCUCGUGCUGCCCACCCUCUUGGCGCGCGCGUCGUCCGAGGGCGAGGACUGCUACCGUGACACGUCGGCGAGGCUGCUGGAGCUCGCGGCGGUCGACCAGAACGCGUUCCGCAGCAUCGUCGCCGGGUUGAACGACGGGCAGAGGGCGUUCCUCGAAGAGGUGAUCCGGUGGGGCCGGCAGCAGGGGCCGGCGGAGCAGACGGCCGGCGGGGCUUCGGGCCAGCCGAGCAUUGAGUUGAAGAUGAACUUUGGGGGCUGA